AUGGCCAACCGAUCCAACAACAUGCCCCAGUCCCAGUAUCAGCGCCGUGGCAAAGGCAAACGUUCCCAAGCCCGAUCCAAUUACAACCCGUAUCGUCGCAACCCAUACUAUGAGUUUACGAGCCGUUUCAACGCCAACGACACUUUAGACCCCUUCUUUACCUAUGUUCGCCCAACGUAUCCGCCUCUCCGCGAAACGCAAUCCAACGGGCGUCCUCUUCCUGUUCUCCACAGCACGCUCGAUGCGUACGCGGCCUCUGAAGACCCCUCCUACAUCCCCAUGUCUCAAGAGUUGCUCAGGGCAGACAUGUUCGCUAUGGGCGCGAACGAGGAUACCCUUGAAAAGUAUAUGGCGGAUCACAACAAGGUUGUUCAGGAUUUACUUGACAGAUGUGGUGGUCAUUUACCGUCCAGAGGGCGUAAACCGAGACCGGGUGUAGAUGAGGUCAUGGUCUAUAACAUUCCGAACUCAGAUCUUGCGAUACGCAUUUGGGAGGGCGGCAUGAGGGACCUUGGGCAAUACUGUCUUGAUCUUGUCAGCCGCGCUCGUCGUGGAGAAGUCGUCAACACUCCGAAGGCUUGGAAGUUCACCUUCGUCCCGUUGCCGGGUACUUUCAUGCCCGGUGGGCAGCUGCUUCCUUGGGAGACUAACUUUGGAAUCCGGGAGCUUUGUGCGCUCCGUCUUGUCUCGCCCGCUUACGACGAAGAUGACUGGCUUGAGGACACUGUUACGAAAGGCGCCCACCGCGCGUCAGCCACUGCGUCGUUCCGUAACUGGCACGUGCAUCUGCUCUCGCUCGUCAGCGCCGUGCUUGACACUUCCUCUGCUGUAUCUCAUGUAAAUAGUCCUCCUAGCAUGUAUACCACUUCAGAUGUGGAUAUUGGGACCGCAGAUAGACUCAUUUUUCGGCAUUUCUUCUAUCUCCAUAAGAAGCAGGGCAUAUUGAAAGGUAAUUAUAAUGGUGGUUUUGGGGUGAUGGAGCGCUGA